AUGAAUCCUUUUGCUGCGCUUCUCCAUCGAUACUUGGAAGAUAAAACUAUGCAAAAGCCCCUAUUCAUAAGAACCUUCUCUUAUGUGCACAACUCAUCAUGCCAAGUUGUAACUGCAUUCAGACGAGAAAUUAAAUCUUGCUAUGGAGCCUAUAAUAAACGAAAUGAAGAUCAGACACCAAUUGUUAAUGCUGAAAAUGGUGAGAUCAAGUAUGAGUAUCAACCGGUCAGCACAACAAAAAGUCUAGCAUACAGUGGCAAAAUUAGUAGAUACGAUGGUGGAGGAUUCAUACAAGACCUUACAGUCGACAAUGCAGUAGAGACGUUGAAAAUAAUUGAGGGCUUACAGGCUAUGCGUUUCAUAGACCGUGGAACUAGAGUUCUUUUCGUGGAUUUUUCACUCUACAACGGCAACAUAAAUAUGUUCUGCAUCGUCAAAAUCAUAUUUGAGCUACCGGCCUCUGGUGGUGUCAUUGCAAGCUCACUGCUGAACCUAAAGCAAUUGAUCCGAUAUGUCACCAAUUACGAUUACUUUGUUUUUGUAUGCGAGUUACUCUUUUGCGCUUUUGUUCUCUAUUACACCAUUGAAGAAAUCCUGGAAAUAGCCCGUUGCCGUCUAUCAUACUUUAAGGAUUUCUGGAACUCUUACGACGUCUUAAACCUUGCAACAUGUUAUGUUGUCAUUUGGUUCGGCAUCCAACACUUCUUCUCAAUCAAUAAUAAUCUGCAAGCUACGGUGGACGUUGGAGAACAAGGCGGCUAUGUGAACAUGGAUAGUCUAGUUUUCACCCAUGACGACUUUAUUCUCAGCAUGGCCUGUCUAUUAAUAAUUUCGUGGAUCAAGUUCAUAAAAUACCUAAGUUUCAACAAAACUAUGACUCAGCUGAGCGCCACAAUAGGUCGCUCUGCAAAAGAUAUCGGUGGCUUCUCUAUCAUGUUCUUUAUCUUCUUCUUUGGCUAUGCACAAUUCGGUUAUUUAAUUUUCGGAACCCAGGUUGCCGAUUACUCGAAUCUUUACGGUUCAGUGUUUGCGUUACUGAGAGUUAUUCUCGGCGAUUUCGACUAUUAUGCACUUGAAAAGGCUGAUCGUACCUUAGGCCCAAUUUUCUUUUUCACCUAUGUCUUCUUCGUCUUCUUCAUAUUACUGAACAUGUUCUUGGCCAUCAUCGCUGAUUCAUACAGUGAAGUCAAGUCCGAGCUACGGCAAAAACCAGCUGAGCUCGAAAUGCUUGACAUUGUCAACAAGGUUAAAUGGCAAUCAACUAUAGACCGCUUCCCAUAA